GCCGUCUGUCAUUUGUAUCUCUGUUAACGGUUUAGCACUAGAUAUCAAUUGAUGGCGGUCAUGAUCAGGGAGUCACGGAACUUGCCGAGGCUGGCGAGCGCCUUGUCUGCCAGCACUUUGCAUGAUCGAAAUCGAAUGAUAUAAGAAUAUUGUCCUUUCGAGUGUCAUCGAUGUCUGUCAUGCAGCCUCACAGGGUGCUAUUCAUUCCGGAGCUGCUGGACACCAUCCUUAGUUUUAUGGACGGAGAUGACCAUGUAAUCAACGCGUGUGUUUGCAGGCAAUGGUCAGAGAUUACUCUGGACUGCAUUUGGAGAGAGGUAGACGACCUUCCCCGACUUCUUACUCUCUUGAGGCCAUACAAAGCGAAGGGAACGUAUCAUUACUUCGAUGGGCUGCCAGACUCAACGGACUGGGCGAGAUUCCAGAAGUAUGCUCAUCGCGUGCGCACAUUGCGAUUCCAACAGGAGAUGGACGCGGACUAUUCUGGUCUUCUGGAUGAUAUGGCCAGGACGAGGACAACCCUCGAGAUGCUUCCGAAUCUGCAUACUCUGGAGUGGUUAUUUGAAGAUGUCGACUGCAUGGAACGAGCCACACUAUUCAUGCAUCAGCGGGUGAAGCACCUCAUCAUAUCUGCGCCUCCUUUCCGCUACAAAACUAAAACUCCAUUUUUUGUUGACAUCUGCGUCCGCGUGCCCCACCUCCAAUUACUUGACCUCCGCAUUCCCUACCGCGCGGAAUGCAUCGAGACAACCAUCCUGGAGCUUCUUCGAGGUCUUCCGGAUCUGAAAAAGAUCAUUUUCCCUGAAUUUUUCCUCACGUCGACCAUCGUUUCUGAGCUUUCGCGGAUGAAACAUAUCAACAUCGUGCAAUUCGAAUAUGGAUAUGAGCAAGGGUUUGGUGACGAAAGGGAUGUAGACUCCUUUGCGCCUGUCCUUGAGCAAGGAGCUUUUCCUGCGCUGUGGGACCUAGCCAUUACUGCUUGCAUUAGGGAUGUCAUGAAAUUCAUGAAUGCAGACUUUGCACCCAUCAAUCUCACAUCACUAUACAUCAACACCUAUGUUGAACACAAACCACAGGAACUACACACGUUGCUCGUCACGCUCUCAGAGAGAUGCCGCCGUCUCUCCCAAUUGUACAUCUUACUAUCGCACCACAUAACCGGGCAACUGGAGCUCGUUCCUGCAGACCAAAUCACGUUCAACACACUCAAACCACUACUUUCAUUCCCAAAUCUCACUACAUUCCAGGUCAUGCACAAAUACCCGGUUAACAUUACCCUGGAGGAGAUCGAGGAACUUGCAAGCCGGUGGCCGUCCCUUGAGAGUCUAACUCUGAAUGAGGAACCACUUGUCAUGCAUGAAUUCCCCCUUGACCUGCGAGCUCUCGUCCCGUUUGCCCGCCACUGCCCCAAGCUACGCCGCUUAGGUCUUUUUAUUGAUGCCACCCCUACGAUGAUCCCUCCCACGCCCAAAUUGAAGCCGUUUGCAGCUCUUUACAUCUUAUCUCUUGGGACGUCACGAGCACGCGACCCGGACGCCGUCGCUGCGUUCAUGAGCCACUUGUGUCCACCUGGAUGCAAACUCGAGGUUGGCGUAACUUGGACAUCGUUUGGCGCACGUUCAUGUCGUGUGCUGGACGAUGACGUGCGUGUGGAGAUAGGAAAGCGCUUCGCUGCUUGGAAGAGCGUCAGGGAUCUCUUGCCUGUCCUCAUUCAGCUGAGGAGGGAGGAAAGGGAGAAAUCGAGGGCCCUACAAGAGGAAGUUGAGGAUCUGAGGACGCGGAAUCGCUUGUUGAUGGAUAAGGUUGACAUCAAGUCCAACGAUUCGUGCAUCAUUGCAUAGGUACUGCGGCUUGCGGACACAUUUGUACUCAAUCGUCCAUUAUUAGCUGAGACACAUGGCAGAUAUAUACUACCCGGAGGUAUUUUAUAUGUGAUCCUUUGCGUUACCGCUCUCACGUUGAUCUGUUCUGUUCUCGACCAUAUGCGGCGUUCUCUUACAAUUUUAGGAACGCGUCAAUAGUCGAAUUGAAUACCAAAGGUGCUGUACUUGUUGUCACUCGACGAGGGUUUUUGCUGGUGACGCGUAAUGUCAGCGCUGAGCGCCAGAACAUUAUGUAAAUAUAAUUGUCCGCGUAUGGCCUGUCAAGACAGCGCUGAGG